AUGUCUAGUCAGCGACUGAUCGAAGGUUUCAAGAGCGUAUCCAAAGUGGUCAGACCUGAUCAGCUAACGCCGACACUCAUCCCCAGACGCCUACCGCCUUUGCCUACUCCGAAAGAUCUGAUUCGCGUCUACCGAAUUCGAGCACGCAAGCACCUGUCGCAAAACUUUCUCCUGUACAAGAACUUCAACGAGAAGAUAGUCACCUCUGCUGGGGUGAAAAAUGGCCAACAUGUGCUUGAAAUCGGUCCAGGACCGGGAAAUAUUACCCGUCAAAUUCUGGAGCGAGGACCACAGCAGCUGUACGUCGUUGAAAAGGAUAGGAGGUUUCUGCCGAUGCUCGAGAUGCUCGCCGAUGCAGGACUUCCAGGUCAGAUGAAGAUCAUUGUGGGCGACGCAAUGGACUACACCUUUGACAGACUUUUUCCCGAUGAAAUCAGCACCGAGUGGAGUCAACCGUCGCCGCCGAUUUGCGUCAUUGGAAAUUUGCCCUUCAACGUCUCAACGCGACUCACCCUCAAAUGGAUUCACCUCAUGUCAGAGCAGUCAGGCUUCUUCCGCCAUGGCAGGGUGCCACUUACACUGACCUUCCAAAAGGAGGUCGCCCAGCGAAUGGUGGCUCCGGUGCUGGACCACCAGCGCAGCCGCCUCUCUAUCAUGUGCCAGAACUGGUGCGACGUGAAGCUGCGACUGAACAUCAGCGGCAAGUACUUUGUCCCCGCGCCGAAGGUGGACGUCUCCGUGGUGAAGCUGGUGCCGUUGGUGGAGCCGCGCAUAAAGCUGCCCUUCAAGGUGGUGGAAAAGUUCGUCCGCCAUCUCUUUCACUACCGCAACAAGCACAUCCGCUUCAGCCUGGGAACGCUCUUUCCGUCCGACCUGAAAGACCUCAACGAGGAGCUCUUCCUGCAGACGGGCAUUCAGCCGAUCCUCACGCCGGCAAUGCUGGCCAUCGACGAGAUCGGCGCACUGUGCACGCUGUACCAGCGGAUGUGCGAGGAAAACUACGGCCUCUUCGAGUACAACUAUCGCGCCCAGAAGGCACUGCCCAAGUCGGCGCUGAAGAAGGCACUCAAACGACCUGAUGAACCUCCCUCUACCCCUGCUGAACCGGUCAUAUGA